CACACACACACACACACGCACAAGCGUGGCCAUGCAGGCAGCGGAGAAGGUCGCCUCCAGAGUCCCCCUGAGUGACUCAGCGUCCAAGCAGCCCAGGGCGGGGCGCCCAGACCCCGACGCUGCUUGCCGGCCUGCCUCCCCACUCCCCACCCUCCACUCCUGCGCCCUCACUCGCCCCAACGACGCGUGGGACCAGAGUGCCAUUGGGGGCUGCUAUGAGUUGUUUGCCGCCGCACUGGGCAACCUGGAAUGGUUGCACUUCUGUCUGAGUCGGGACCGUGAGGAAAUUCCAGCCGAUGACAAGGGCUUCACUGCCAUCCACUUUGCAGCCCAGAGUGGCAAGCUUGCGUGCCUGCAGGUCUUGGUAGAGGAGUACAAUUUUCCUGUGGACCUGCCCACCAACAAUGGCCAGACACCCCUGCACCUGGUCAUCCACGGGGACAACAAGACCAUGACCCUCCCCUGCAUUCACUAUCUGCUUAAGCAAGGGGCGGCCCUCAACACUCAGACAUGCAAUGGCUCUACUCCCCUCCACAUGGCAGCCUUCCGAGGCCUGCUGAGCUGUGUGAAGGUGCUGGUGCAAAAUGGUGCCGAUGUCCAUGCCCGAGAUGCCACGGGCUGCAAGCCCAUCGACUACUGCAAAAUAUGGAACCACCGUGACUGUGCCCGGUUCUUGAAGGAUGCGAUGUGGAGACGGGACAAAAAGGACUUUGCUUGUGAGACGAAGAAACUGAAGAGGCUCAAGGACCAGCUGAUCUUCAUGGAACAGGACUACCUGACUGAAUAUCAGAAAGAGCACCAAAUUCUGAGAGAAGCCGAUUUCAAGGAGUGGCUCCGUUGCAAGCAGCUGCUCCGAGGCCAGUCCCUGACCCGCAAAGCCAAGCCAGCGCCUGGUGCCCCACCCCAGGCGAUCACCGUGUCCAAGACCCCCAAGCACAAGGGGCCCCCCAAGAGCUUCUACCCCUCCCCGGAGGCACGCCUGCGGCAGACACCAGUGCUGCAGCUGCAGCCCGUGGGGACACCCACACCCACGUACACGAAGCCCACGGUCAGGCGGCCCAAGUCGUGGAAUGUGAGCAACAACCCAGCCAGAUCACCCGCCGCCCAGACUGGCUACCCACAGGGCAUCCGCCUGGGCGUGCACCCAGACCCCAGCCCGGAUCACGACUUCCGCAGCUUCCUCGAGGUGAGGCCCGAUGGGCACGGUGGGGCACAACUGUGCACGGUGGCCGGCAGCCGGGUGGCACCUGUGCCCCAGCUGCCCUUCGAGGUGAUGGUGCACGAGCUGUACCCUUCAGCGCGGCCGCACAGGAUGAGAGCGCCCCAGGGCUUUCACUCCGUCAGCGUGAGGGACGUGCCCCAGAAGCGGCACUUGGGUGACAACUUCUGGACCGACACUCUGGCCAUGAACCUGCGCGAGACAUUUGAUGAAGCCUUCCUGGCAGCUGUGCGAGCCCAUCAAGGGCUCCCCACUCUGCCCUCCCUCAAGAGCCCCCCAUAAACUUACUUUGGUAGGCUCUCAACCUGGGGCAGCCCAAAGACGGCUGAGGUGUGGUGAUUCGUGUUGUGAGUGGACGAGCGGGAGAGAAGUUCUCACAGGCUUUCCACUUCUCACUCCCAAGCUCCAAGAUCAGAGCCCCUUCUCUCUUAACAAAAGCCUAGAUCCCAGGUCUCCCUUCUCCACAAAGACAUUUAUUGGGCUCCCCAGGUUUAAGUUAGGGUAGAGGCCUGACAGUGGGCAUCAGUCUCUAUCCUGGGCCCGAGCAUUGUAAAAGUGACACUUUGGUGUCCCCACCACCUCUCCUCCCCCCCCAGCCCACCGGGCACAAGCCUUCCAGGAUGAGGGACCCCUGGAAAAUUCUGCCUCUUGUUCAGAUUAAGUCCUUUGAGGUUUCUGUCGUUGAGGGAGGCACAAGCAGCACACCUCGGGGGCAGGGAGGGAGGACCUGUGGCUCCAAUCUGAGACUAAAAAAGCACUUGCACUUCCUCCAGGAAGCUACCCUGGAUCCCCUGCUUUCCCCGGCACGCACCACUACGCAUCAUUCAU